AUGAAGGUUGUUGUCCGUGUAAGACCUCAUAAUCAACAAGAGUCCAACGGGGCCUAUACAACUUGUGUACAACCAUUAGAUAGUAAAAUGUUAGUCUUUGAUCCUAAAGAUGAAGACGAUCAAGUCUUACGUAAAACACCUGGCUGUAGAAAAAGAAUACUAAAACGAAAAUCCAAAGAUUUAAGAAUGAUGUUUGAUCGUGUUUUUGAUGAAAAUGCAACGCAAAUGGAAGUUCAUGAAAGUUCUACAAAGUUAAUCCUAGAUGCUGUCCUCGAUGGUUAUAAUUGUUCUAUAUUUGCUUAUGGUGCUACCGGUGCCGGAAAAACGUUCACCAUGCUCGGUGAUGCUAAUUCACCGGGCAUUAUAUUCCUAUGUAUGAUGGAAUUAUAUCAAAGGAUUGAAGAAUUAAAGAAAGAUAAAGCUUUUGAAGUAGCUGUAUCUUAUAUCGAGGUUUAUAAUGAAAGCAUACAAGAUCUUUUAGUCCCUUCCAGUAAGCACCUUGCUGUUAGAGAAGAUCCGCAAAAGGGUGUCGUCGUUUCAGGGUUAUCUUUACAUCAGCCAAAGUCUGCCGAGGAAUUAAUGAAAAUGUUGGAAUUUGGUAAUAGUAAUCGUACUCAACAUCCUACAGAUGCCAAUGCUACCUCAUCAAGAUCUCAUGCAGUUUUCCAAGUCUAUGUUAAGCAAAGUGAUCGAACUACCGGUAUGAGUUCCAACUUUAAACGAGCUAAAUUAUCAUUAAUCGAUUUAGCAGGUUCUGAAAGAGCUACGGUAACAUCAAAUAAAGGAGCUAGAAUGCGCGAAGGAGCAAAUAUCAAUAAAUCACUUCUUGCUCUGGGCAACUGUAUCAAUGCGUUGGCAGAGAUCUGUUCGAACAAUAGCAGCAAAAGUAGACAUAUCCCUUAUCGUGAUAGCAAAUUGACUCGACUUUUAAAAGAUUCACUAGGCGGUAAUUGUCAGACAGUCAUGAUUGCCGCUGUUAGCCCAUCAAGUAUGAGUUAUGAAGAUACGUAUAAUACAUUAAAGUACGCUGACCGUGCAAAGAGUAUCAAAUCCAAGCUGAAGGCCAACGUUGUAAAGAUUAGCGAGCAUAUCAGUAAAUAUCCGAAAAUUAUUGCGGAACUACGUAAAGAGGUAAAACUUUUCAGCAUAAAUUCUAAGAAUGGAUUUUUGAUUACAAAUAUAAAGUUAUAA